UAUGAUUUACAAUACACGUUGAUUGUACGUUUACUCACUAAUCAGGUGUGAUAUAAUGAAUUAUUGUUUUCUUUAGUACGUUGUUUGUUUGUGUGGCUCGAUAGAAGCACGCACAAAGUUUUACUUUCGUGAGGUUCGAUUUGCGGACUCGUGUUGCAUAAUUAUUAGAGGAGGGCAGAGCAGCUGAGUAGUGUCAAUGGCCUUGAACGAAGAAUGACGCCUCCCCAUCAACCCCCGUGGGUGUCGUAAAGGGAUUCUCCAGAGAACGGGCAGCCGCGUUCUCCGAGUAUUAUGAAGCCCACUGAGUUUCUCGCUGGAUCUUCUCAGUGGGUCGCGUUUCCGAUUCGGUGGUAGAUUCUGCAAAACACGGCUCUUGCUAGAGUUCAUGUUAGCAACAACGUCAGGUUUGAGCCCCGUGAGCUCACCUACUCGCCCGGUUACACUGACGUAGCCUCUCAACGCUAUCAGCAUAGGUACGAAAAAAAAGAGUAUUAUGAAAACAUACUGCUAACACCAGCCCGUAUGUCAUGCGUGGCGAUUAAGACAGAUAGCUGAUUAUGGUACAUAUAACAAAAUCCGGCCUCCAAACCUCAGCAUCUCCCCUAUUUCAGGCUCCUCACAAAGUAGACUAAUGACCUGUUGAAAGUCGCUGGACGCAGGGGGCGCAGGACUUUUAUGAUGAGGUUUGCGGGAGCCUAAUAUCUAGCAGGGAGCAUCUGUAGUCUGAUGCAAGAUUCUUAUUUUAAUGAUACGCCAGACGCUCGUCAUCAAAGACUAGCGGGUCGGAAUGCAAAACAUUAGCUGUCAACCAGGCAUCCUCAUUAACAUCUACAUCAACAUGCUGAAUAUGUCGAAAUGUUUAGUACCCCUGAUCGAAGCGAGCGACAGGACGACCGUUAAAAAUAAGUCACCGUGCAUUACUUCCUCGAAGCAGGGACGAAUUUGCGGUGAGAAUUUUUAGUAAAUUCUUUUUGAAUUAAUCACAGGUAAUACAAUACAAUACAGUGAUACAAGCCUCCUAUAACGCGGUAUUUUAUAACACGGUUCCACUUUAACACGAAAAGAAAAAAAUCCUAUAUCCAUCUAUAACACGGUAUUUCUACAACACGAUAACGAGACUUUUGUUUAAAAUUACUUACAAAAUUUUAUUAAACACAUAACACAAAAUGUAUGGGAACAAUGGAAAUUUUACUGCUUAUUUCUUAUCUUUAAUAGGUAAAAUAGUUCAUACAGGCAUAGUUGAGAUGUUUCAUUCAGAAAAACUACUCUUCUGUUUGUACUGGCUUCUAGUCUCAACAAGAUUUCAACACAACACAGAACUUUGUAGGAACGUAUCUACCGUGUUACAGGACGGUUGCAUGUAUUUCAAUUUGUUAAUUAUCCACUUCCUGCUCAACUAAGAUGGUUUUAUGAAGUAGGAUUAGUCAGGGCGAAGGGAACGUUGAAGUUCAUCAAUCAAGGUUAUAUGAGAAAUAAACGCUCUCUAAAGAGGACUAUAGUGUGAAUGUUUCAAGUAAGAAUGAAUUUUAAUCCGUUCCGUGUGAAUUAUGCAAUUGUAAAACAUAAAAUUUGCUAGUGCCAAGUGAUCAAAGUCCUUACGCAUCACGUCAAUGUUGCCUAACAUCUUAAAACAUCAGGUCUAAAUAUCAUUUUUGUAUAAUGGCUGUCCCGCCCUUCAUAUCUGAAUGCAUUACUGCUUCGCGGAGAAAAUAGGUAGCACGGUGGUAACUACCCGUGGAAGCCCACAAGAUAUCCUACCACAUACCUGUGACACGUAUUGUGGAGCACGAGAGUUCUUCUCAUUCAAGGAACAUCAAAGAAUCCAAGUCAACGUCUGGAACUUCAAAUGAUUCAAGCAGUAGCGGCCCUGGCAUCUUUAUUGAAACCACUCAUCGGUUUUUAUUGUACCUGUUCUAUAUCCCAAAAAAAAAACACAAGAAAUCUCGAAGAAAUUAAAGCAAUAUCAGAUUGUUGGCCAAAUCAUAUUUAUAAUUAUAACUAUUUAAAUUUCUCGAUACAGCCCUGUUUUUGUUGUGGCCGAAUUCACAAAACCUUAUCCUUGAAGAAAGCGCGCGCACCUUUAAAUUUUUUUUUGUCGUUAUAAAUAUUAUUACUUUUAAACUUUAACUCUCUGUAUAUUAAAAUCAUUUCGGCGUGACACUUAAGUUUUACUUAAAAGUUUUUGUAACAGUUUAAAACAUACUAAGUAUAUUACUGUAUAGUAAGUUAAUAGUAUUAGUGCAAUAAUGUUUUGAACAUUAUUUUACAACAAUAAUGUGAUAAUAUGUUUAACAAAAUUCGUAAGGUUUUUUUUUAUUUUUUUUUUUAUUGCUUAGAUGUGUAGACGAGCUCACAGCCCACCUGGUGUUAAGUGGUUACUGGAGCCCAUAGACAUCUACAACGUAAAUGCGCCACACACCUUGAGAUAUAGUUCUAAGGUCUCAGUAUAGUCACAACGGCUGCCCCACCCUUCAAACCGAAACGCAUUACUGCUUCACGGCAGAAAUAGGCGGGGCGGUGGUACCUACCCGUGCGGACUCACAAGAGGUCCUACCACCAGUAAUUACGCAAAUUACAAUUUUGCGGGUUUGAUUUUUAUUGUACGAUGUUAUUCCUUCACCGUGGAAGUCAAUCGUGAACAUUUGUUGAGUACGUAUUUCAUUAGAAAAAUUGGUACCCGCCAGCGAGAUUCGAACACCAGUGCAUCGCUCGAUACGAAUGCACCGGACGUCUUAUCCUCUAGGCCACGACGACUUCGAAAAGAAGAAGAAAAGAAGAAGUGUUCACGCUUAAGUUUUAUUUCCUAUAUAAAUUAGCCAUUUUACACAUUAAAUAGCUUUAUAUUAAGAAUUACUAUUUUUCUAAAAUUAAAAACUAAAUUUCAAUAUUGAAAUGAUAGUCCAGCAGAAAAACUAUUCUAAAUUAGAUUUUUAGCACAAAAAACAUUUGACGCGUCACAAACUAAGUGUGAACAGCAAACAAAAUAAUAAGGCGACGGUUACGAAAAAAAAAAAACCCUAUUAUCACCGGCUCUAAACAAGCAAAGGGGACGAAGGGUCUGGCGUAACGUCUUUUCGCCCUCGCCCUUAAGACGUCGAGUUCCUUGUCGACAGUCGCACGAGCGGGCCGGCUGCGCAGCCCUUAGACUUGACCCGCUAAAUUCAAAUUCGACAGAGCUCUCUUGGAAAAAAAAACCUAUUAUAUUUACAAUAUUAAGAAUAUCGAAUUCCUUUAUUUUAACAGUUAACUCUUUUGUUGUUUCGCAUUUGAAUUUCGAAUUACAAUUUUUUUUUUCUUUAUUUAAAUCGGGAAACCUACGCUUAUAGUUUUAAUGGUAGAUAGUGCAAUAAUAAUAUAGUGAUUGUGUAGUGAAAUGCUAUGGUCUGAAAAGGUGCUAUACGAAGAUGAGGUGUCUCUGGUUCAUAUGAGUUGGAUUAAUUUUUAAGGAUCUCGGCUUCAUUGAAGACUUAGUAAAUAACAGACAAUCAUCGGCUGUUUGACGCGGCAUCUACACUGUGCUACAUCUUUAGAUCGAUCCCGGAGGCCAGAGCCUUGUUUUACAUUGGAUAAGCGUCUAAAAUCACAUUAAUGAACGGGCGAUGCAGCGCGAGUAGCGCGGUGGGGCCCUGCCCGCCGCACGCCCGGCCAAUAAGGGCUCUCCAAGCCUAUAAUGUCAUCGGAGGAGGAGGCCGACUCUCACGCGCCCUACUCGGAUAAACUACUAAGGAAACAGAAACGCGCCAGACAGCGCGUGGACGCCGGCGAGCCGCGCAAUUCUUACUCGACUCUCGCGACGAACGGAAUCGCGCCCGCGCGCGCCGCACUCAUGAGUGGUGGACUAUACAGCGCCAUCUUCGAGGGCCGCCAACACUUCGGCCUCUUCGGACCGGGAUACGCGCCGGCCGAAAUGUUGAACGAACUUCUCGGACGAACAACAAAACAAGACGACAACGGAGACGAAGCGAACGGCGGCGUGAUCGCGCACCGGGUCCUCAGAGACAUCCUACAGAGCCGCAAUAAAGAGUUACUGCUCUCCUCGGAUAACAACAACGUACUAGCAAAUAACAACAAUGACGAACCGAAAACAGAGAAACGAUCACCGGAACGACCCUGCUCGCACGACUCACGGCCGGACCUGGACAACGCCCUCCUCUCGCUCGAAAAUCCCGGGAACUCACACGCGUCUCCGCCUCCAGCUCCUCCGUCUUCAGAGAACUUAAUCGCUCCUAAGCCUGAACCAGAAGAUCGUGAUAGUGAUGCUCAACGCUCCUCCCCCAGACCCUUAGAUGUAAAACGUGCUCGUGUUGAAAAUAUAGUGUCUACGAUGCGGUCGAGUCCUGCGCCGCAACAACCACAGGUAAAUGGCUGCAAGAAACGGAAGCUGUAUCAUCCGCAGCAGCACGACGGUGCAGCGGAGCGCUACGGUACCAGCCACAGCAGCAGCACCCACACGGUCUCAGACGACUCGGAGGAUGACGGUGAGCGACCACCCAUACAACAAAAAUUAGUAGAAAAAAAUGCACUCAAAUCACAACUUAGAACUUUGCAAGAGCAGUUAGCUGAGAUGCACGAAAAAUAUGUGCAACUAUGCAAUAGAGUAGGGAAGGAGUCUGAGACAGUCGAUAACGACGGUGCUUCCAGUGAUGUAGAACAAAUCGAAGAGUCGAUCCCGAAAUCCGAACCCGCAUCUCCGGCCAAAGAAUUACCGCCGCCUCUAACAAAUACAGCUACACCAAAGAUGUUUUCUCAAGUGAUGAACCAAAUGAUGACCGCAAAGAUGCACGCGCAGGCAGUAGGACACCCACACCUUCAGCCAGGAUUUAACGGAACGCUACCUAUGAUGCCGCAUUUGCCACCAACAGAUCAUAUGCAUCCGCCUCAUCCUCAAAUACAUCUUAAUAGCGCGGCAGCCAUGUAUCUAAAUGUCAGCCAAAAAUUGUUCUUAGAACAGGAAGCCAGAAUAAAAGAAGCUGCUGAGCAACAACAAAACAAUCAGCAAAUAAGACCUCAGUCUAACCAACAUUCGCCGCAGCAGAGGCAACUUGGACCGACGCCGAAACCACCUCUCUCAUCUGAGCUGGCUGAACGAUUGGAUGCUUUACGGGUCAACACAGGAUCUGUUGGUCCCAUCUCCGGGGCUGACCUUGAGGGCUUAGCAGAUGUAUUGAAAAAUGAAAUCACAGCUUCGCUUGCAACACUUAUCGACUCUAUCGUCACACGUUUCGUGCACCAGCGACGUGUUCUGGGGAAGCAGUCUGAAGCGGCAUCGGCAGCGGCAGACAAACUGAACAAGGAUUUGAUGCGAGCUGCACGGCUCAUUGAUAGAAAGUCGCCAACGCCCAAGCCUCCGGAGAGACAGAUGCCAGGUAACCUUACAGUACAUCAUGGAGCCACACCGAAUGGUGUACCGUUCCUUCCACAUAAUUCAAUGUUAAUGAAUCAAAUGAACGGAGCCCGCGCGCCAGGCGGUGUGGCCUUCCAGCUACACCCCGAGGCGGGCGGCCCCGGACCAGGUCCUCACUUACGGCCUCCGACAGGCAUGUUCCAGACGCCGCCAAAACCGUUCGGGCCUCUAUACGGGCCGAUGAACGGCCAGUUCGAGAGGGAAUUGAACCCCGAACAGAGCGAAGCAAUCAGCCUCGUCGUCCCAUCGAGGAAGAAACGACAUAAGGUCACCGACACACGCAUCACGCCGAGGACCGUGAGUCGAAUACUGGGGGAGGGCGUCAGGCAGUCCCCGGAGAGCAAAUUCCCGGAAUCGCCGUCACCGCGGCCUUACACAGGAUUACCAACCGCAGUGGCGAUACCGAACCCAUCGCUGCACGAGAGCCAAGUAUUCUCUCCGUAUUCUCCUUUCUUCGGCGCGGGGGGCGGACUGGCGCGGUCGCCACCUGCAGCCCCGGAGCGGGAGUCCCCGCCGUUGCCUCACGCGCCCGUGCUGCACCACUCAGAGCUGCUGAUGAGUGCGCAUCACUCCUCGCCCGAUUACCUGCGCCAACAUGCCCGCAUGCACGCCAGCGCGUUGCACCAAUCCCAGAUGAUGAUGGACGGGCAGGACCCACAUUCCGACUGCAACUCCACAGACCUGCCCUACGACGGAGUUCAGCCUACUUCCUCAACGCUAACGCCGAUGCACCUGCGCAAAGCGAAGCUCAUGUUCUUCUGGGUCCGGUAUCCGAGCUCAGCCGUCCUCAAGAUGUACUUCCCCGACAUCAAGUUUAACAAGAACAACACAGCGCAGCUCGUCAAAUGGUUCUCGAACUUCCGAGAGUUCUACUACAUCCAAAUGGAGAAGUACGCUCGGCAAGCGAUCAGCGAAGGUCUGAAGGCGGCCGAGGACCUGCAUGUUGCCGGUGACUCUGAACUUUACAGAGUCCUCAACUUGCAUUACAACAGAAAUAACCACAUCGAGGUACCUUCGAACUUCAGAUAUGUGGUUGAGCAGACUCUGCGCGAGUUCUUCCGCGCGAUCCAAGGCGGGAAGGACGCCGAGCAGAGCUGGAAGAAGUCGAUCUACAAGGUGAUCUCGCGGCUCGACGACCCCGUGCCCGAGUACUUCAAGUCGCCGAACUUUCUCGAACAGUUGGAGUGAGCGCGGCGCCGACGCGACGCACAAUAACUUUCGGCAUAACUAAACAAAUUGGACGAAUAUUUCGCACACCAAAAUUUUACGACACUCGCAUUUAGGCCUUCAGAUUCAAAAUUAUUGAUUAAAAAAGUUUAAUUAUAAAAGAAAUUAUUAAAGUAAUGAAGUUUGAAUACGUGGUCCGUUGGACGUCGAUCGGCGUGACGUGGGCGUGACGUGGCGUGACGUGACGCAGGCGUGACGUGUCGCGCCACCGCCGUUGCGCUCUUUAGAAAAUUCCUUAGGUUAUAACGAGUCAGAGAAAGUUUAAGUCACCUAGAAUUUUAUUUCUGCACAUAAUAAUAUAUUUCGCUAUAUAUAAUUAUUAUUAUUAUUAUAUUAUUAAGUAUUAUCUAAAAUGGUUUUUAUAGUUGUGUAUAUCUUAAAAUCAUUUAUUGAUUUAUUCAUUAAGCAAAACGAUUAAUAUAUUAACUGCUUAAGUUUA